GUGUGGACAGGGCUAGGCUGAGCUGGGCUAUGUUGAGGACAUAGAAUGUCUCAGUGAAGACUGUUUCCCAAGCUAACUGGAUUAGGAGCGGGAACAUACUGGACCUGUUUGUCUUUAAUAACUAAAGACCGAGUUUUAAUUAAGGGCAUGCUGGAAGAGAGAAAAGAGAGAAACAAAUAGAGAGUCAACACCAGAGAAUUGUUGGAGCAGAGACCCACGUAAAGACUGAUCUCUAGCCCAGCUCCCCUCACUCUCCCCGGGAUCGGUAUGGUGGGACUCCCCUUGCCUCUGACCUCCAACAUUGAGGUGGUAUGAGUCUGCUGUGUGGGUCCGGUUCAGCUCGGUUAAGUUCCACUUAGUUCGGUUUGACUCGGUUCUGUUUGGCUUGCUUAGACUGGCUGUCUAUAGCACUUACCCAUACCCCUGCUCCAUUUUCAGGUUCUGUGUCUCUGGAACCCCUGACCCAUAACCCCUGACCGUAGGACAGGUGCUGGUCCAGUUUUUCAAAAUUACUGGACUGAACAGACUUCUGUUUGACAGUAUUUAAAAAAAUAUAUAUUUUCUGGAAACUCUACCCCUGAUCUGGGACUGAUCCUGGUUCUGCUGACAUCUAUUCUGUGUUCUGGAGGACUGGUUCUUCAGGGACCUGUCUGGCCUCUCUCCCCAGGAUCAUGGCCUCUUUCUGGGGCAUGGUGGUGUUGCUGUGUGGGAUGGUGGUUAUUUCGGGAGCACAGAAGACGAAGAGCAAUAUGCCCAGGCUAAAGCUCUCUUAUAAAGAGAUGUUGGAGUCCAAUAACUUGGUGACAUUUGAGGGCCUGGCCAAUAGCUCAGCUUACCACACGUUCCUUUUGGAUGAGGAGAAGGGUCGUCUGGUGGUGGGAGCCAAGGACCACAUAUUCUCCUUCAACCUGCUCAACAUCAGCAGAGACCUGGCACAGAUCCCGUGGCCUGCAUCCACCUCCAGAAGAGAUGAGUGUAAAUGGGCAGGGAAGGACCUCAUGAGGGAAUGCGCUAACUUCAUCAAGGUGUUGCAGCCUUUUAACCAGACCCAUCUGUAUGUAUGUGGAACCGGAGCCUUCCACCCUGUCUGCGCCUACUUGGAGGUGGGGAAGAAACUAGAGGACAGUGUGUUCAGGCUGGAGCCCCUGAUAGAGAACGGUCGGGGGAAGAGCCCUUAUGACCCCAAGCUGCUCACAGCGUCCAUGCUCAUCGAUGGCGAGCUGUAUUCUGGGACGUCAGCGGACUUCAUGGGGCGGGAUUUUGCCAUCUUCCGUACGUUGGGACAGCAUCACCCCAUUAGAACUGAGCAACACGACUCCCGCUGGCUGAAUGAUCCCAGGUUUGUGAGUGUCCAUCUGAUCCCAGAGAGUGACAACCCCGAGGACGACAAGAUCUACCUGUUCUUCAGAGAGAACGCUAUGGAUGGGGAACACGCAGGGAAGGCUACACACGCACGCAUCGGACAGCUCUGCAAGAAUGACUUUGGAGGCCACAGGAGUUUGGUGAAUAAGUGGACUACUUUCCUGAAGGCCAGACUGGUGUGUUCUGUACCUGGACUCAAUGGCAUAGACACACACUUUGACGAACUACAGGAUGUGUUUCUGAUGAGCGCUAAGGAUCCCAAGAACCCCACCAUCUAUGCAGUGUUCACUACAUCCAGUAACAUCUUCAAGGGCUCAGCAGUGUGUUUGUACAGCAUGGCAGACAUCAGAAGGGUGUUUCUAGGUCCCUAUGCCCACAGGGACGGCCCUAACUAUCAGUGGGUUCCCUUCCCCGGAAGGGUACCGUACCCACGACCUGGCACGUGCCCCAGCAAGACAUUCGGAGGAUUUGAUUCAACAAAGGACUUGCCUGAUGAUGUCAUAACAUUUGCGAGAGGACACCCAGCGAUGUUUAACCCCAUCUAUCCCAUCAACAACCGACCAAUCAUAGUCAAGACAGACACGGACUACCAGUUCACACAGAUAGUGGUGGACAAAGUGGAGGCUGAGGACGGACAGUAUGACGUCAUGUUCAUAGGCACAGACAUGGGUAAAGUGCUGAAGGUGGUGUCCAUCCCCAGAGGGUCCUGGCAUGACCUGGAAGAGGUUCUACUGGAGGAGAUGACUGUGUUCAGGGAGCCAACUGCUAUUACAGCGAUGGAACUCUCCACGAAGCAGCAACAGUUGUACCUAGGCUCAGAGCUGGGCAUAUCCCAGAUGCCUUUGCAUCGAUGUGAGGUGUACGGGAAGGCGUGUGCUGAGUGCUGUCUAGCUAGAGACCCUUACUGUGCCUGGGAUGGGACCGAGUGCUCACGAUACUUUCCCAUGGCCAAGAGGAGGACAAGGAGACAGGACAUCAGGAAUGGAGACCCUUUAACCCAGUGUUCAGACCUGCAGCAUCAUGAUAACCUGAAUGUGCAGCCCACGGUGCUGGAUAAGACAGUGUAUGCAGUGGAGAACAGCAGUACGUUUCUGGAGUGUAGCCCCAAGUCCCAGAGAGCACUCACCUACUGGCAGUACCAACAAGUCAACGACGACAGGAGACAAGACAUCAAAGCAGAGGAUCGUUUUGUCCGUACGGAGCAGGGCAUGCUGAUCCGCAUAUUGAACAAAAAGGAUUCUGGGACUUAUGUGUGCCAGGCUGUGGAACACGGCUUCAUGCAGACGCUCCUAAGGGUCACCCUGGAAGUCAUCGACACUGAACGCCUCGACGAGCUCAUUCACCGUGAUGACGAAACCGCCACACACACCGCUGCCACACACACCACCUCCUGGGACACGCCCCCAGCCCGGGAAUCGUCCAAUCAGAAGCUAUGGUACCGUGACUUCCUGUCAUUAGUGAACCACCCGACCCUGAACAGCGUGGAUGAGUUCUGUGAGCAGGUGUGGAAGAGGGAAAAGAAGCAGAGGAGGCAGAAAGCACACCUAUCCCAACAGGUUCAGCUACACCAGCAGCAGCAGGGCCUCUUGCACGCUCACACCCACGUGAACGCCCAUGGGCUUGCGGCCAAGUGGAAACACCUGCAGGAGAGGCAGAAGGGCCGCAACCGUCGGACCCACGAACUGGAGAGAGCCCCCCGCAGCGUCUGACCUCGCACCGACUAAAUCCCAUGACCCCGCCUGACCCCCAACCCCUAAUCCAUGUACACUGUCCUCAUCCUCAGAUCCCCCCUGAACCUCCUCCCCUGCCUCAUCUCUCCUUACAGAGAUAAAGAUUCGUUCCACACUGACUUUGUACAGAGAAUCUCAACUGGAAACAAAGGCAAUAUCCCGCCCUGGUCUGUGCGUGUAGGCUGCGUGGCCACCCAUGUUUACAGUGACACGGCACAGAGACAAAGGAUGUUACAGGACACCAGGUGAUACAGUACUAUUCUAUAAUCUCAGCUGGCCUCUGUAGCCCCAGCAUCAUGGAGGGACAGUGUUAGCCAACAUGUGGCCUGGACUCCACGUACUGCAGAAUAACUUAUUGAAAACAUGGCUCUGUCUCCACUGUAGUGUAGCUUUGUUUGUUCGUCGUGUCUCGUCAUUGUUGUCCACCCAGAUAUAGUAGUUAGCUUCUCCUAACAACCACUAUCUUGGAACAAGGGAUGAUAGUGUUUGAUGAAAUGACGGAGCAGGGACAGACCUCGUGUGUAUCACAAGGACAUAACUACAUACAGGUCAUGUAAAGCACAACAGUUUGAUGUUGAUUGGAUUCGAUGAGAAAUGAAGAGUCCUAAGGAGAGAGGAGGAUGACUGAGCCCUGCAAGAUACUUCAGAGUAGCCGUGGAUUUACAACGAAUUAUGUUAUUCUAACUUAAAUCAGACAUGUAAAUGUGCUUUGACACAUCCUCGUACUAAAGGGAAUGGUUUGCGGUUAUCUUGUUACAUGAUGUUGUUUCCCCAUAAACAAAUGUAUUUAACAGAAGGUGAUUUGGUUUUUCCCGAAAGCAGUAGGUAAAUAAAGUAUCCAACAUGAUUCUGAAAGUCACUGUGUUAAGUGUAUAGAUAGAUAAGCUCUUCCAAGGCACAAAUGUCUUCAUGUUUUAUUUAAACGUGUAUCUUUUUGAUUUGCUCAGAACCCUGUAUAAGUAUUUGUUACAUGGUGGAAGUUGAGUUUAUUAUGUUGAGUUGAGUUUAUUAAGUUGAGUUUAUGUGUCAGUCCAACCACUGCAUCCCAUCUUAACUAAAACUUUAACAUGUCUCUACAUCAACUAUGUCACAUUGUUUGAUUGAAUCCAUUAGCAUACAAAACUUAUUUUCACCACAUACAGUGCCUUCAGUAUUCAUGCUCCUUGACAUACUCCACAUUUUGUUGUGUUAUAGCCUUAAUUGAAAAUGGAUUAAAUCAAUAUUUUUUCACCCAUCAACCCCAUAAUGACAAGGUGAAAACAAGUAUUUUUAAUUUCUUGUGAUUUUAUUGAAAAUGAAAUAUCUAAAAACCCAUGAGUAUUAGAAUGACCUUUAUCAGCGAUGACCGCUGUGAGUCUUUCUGGGUAGGUUUCUAAGAGCUUUACACACCUGGAUUGUACAAUAUCUGCACAUUAAUUUUUUUAAUUAUUCAAGCUCUGUCAAGUUGGUUGUUGAUCAUUGCAAUACAGUCAUUGUCAAGAACAGACUCAAUUCGUUGGGGCUUGGACUCUACAUGCCCCAACGUUCCACAGGAAUGCUGGCCUAUGUUGACUACAAUGCUUCCCAUAGUUGUGUCAAGUUGGCCGGAUGUCCGUUGGGAAGUGGAUCAUUCUUGAAUUACACAGGAAACUGAUGAGCAUGAAAAACCAAGCGGCAUUGCAGUUCUUUACACAAACCGGUUUGCCUAGCACCUACUACCAUACCCUGUUGAAAGACACUUACAUCUUUUAACUUGCCCAUUCACCCUCUGAAUGGCACACCUAUACAAUCCAUGACUCAAUUGUCUCAAGGCUUAAACAUCCUUCUUUAACCUGUCUCUUCUCCUUCAUCUACGCUGGUUGAAGUGAGUUUAACAAGUGACAUCAAUAAGGGAUCAUAGCUUUCACCUGGAUUCACCUGGUCAGUCUAUAGAAAGAGCAGGUGUUCUUAACAUUUUGACACUCAUUGUAUAUGUGUUUUAGGUUAUUGUCCUACUGAAAGGUGAAUUUGUCUCCUAGUGUCUGUUGGAAGGUUUUCAUCUAGGAUUUUACCUGUGCCUAGCUCUAUUUAUUUUAUUUUAUCCCCCCAACAAU